AUGUGGGCGAUAAAGAAACUGAAGACGGAUUGGAAUGAAGCAGUGGAGCAGAAACUUAAUUGGUUGAAUGAGCUUGAUAACUUUCUCCUAAAAGCAUAUGAAAGUUCAGCCCUCUACAAAGAGAAGAUGAAUAAGUACCACGACCAAAAGAUUUGGAAACACAAAGUUGUAGUUGGGGAUUUGGUACUUAUGUUUAACUCUAGGCUAUGCUUGUUUUCGGGCAAACUCAAGUCCAAAUGGACAGGUCCAUUCUUGAUCACUAAAGUGUUCCCACAUAAAGUGGUUGAGUUGGAAAAUAAGGAGGGUGCAAGGUUCAUGGUGAACGGGAAGCGAAUCAAGAUCUACCUAGGGCAUGCGGAGAGUGCCCAUGAAGUGGUUGAGGCAUAUUACCUUGAUGAAGCUUGA